AUUCACAAAAAAAAAAAAAAAAAGAGUACACAUAAACAUUAAACAAUUUUUUUUGUUCUUAUCCCAAGACCCAAAGUACAUUUAUAUUAUUACUCAAAAAUAAAAUAACAUCAUGAAAAUUAAAAGAAAGAAAUCAACCUAUUAUAUUUCGGUAUAAUAAACCGAGAUUUAAAUUAAUCAAAAUAAACAAUUGAAUAAAUUAAUUGAUGUUAGUAAGACAAUGCAUUAAUAAUUUGUUGUCAUCGAGGGUUCAAUAAUACAUAAAGAAAAAAAAAAAAAAAGAACGUAAUACGUCACAUAAUAUCAAACAAUUUUAAAACAAGUGUAUGUGUAUAAUUGUGUGUAUAUAUUUUAUUUAUUUAUUUUUUUUUCGAGGCUGUUUUAAUGUUCCCUAUCUAUCGUGCCAAAGAUAUAAUUUCAACACUCUUCCAGUCUCAAGUUAUGUAGUCAAUAAUAUCUUGAUAAAAUAAAUAACUCAGUUUUAAAUUCUUUUUUUCAUAUCGUUUGUUUAAUUAAAUAUAUAUAAACAAAGUUAUAUUAUUUUUUUAUAAAAAAAAUUUUUAAUUGUCAAGUUUGUGUGUAUUGAUGUUACGAUAAAACGAUAACGAUGGAGAUAAAUUUAUACGCACAAUGUGCAAAUUCAGUUAUGAACGCUAGGACUAAGUACACAACAAGUGAUAAUAAAUUGUGAUGUUUGUUAUAUAUUAUUUUAUUAUUAUUAUUUAACACCGUAUUAAUUUUUAAAUAGCAAUAUUUAAAAAAAUUAAAAAACCUACUAAAUAUUUUUAAAAUAAGUCAACAGAAUAUAUGAAAUUAUUUCAAUCAAAAAAAAAAAAAUAAAGUCACAAAUAUAAAUACUUAAAAAAUUAAUAAACAAAAGCUCAAAUAAUAUUAUAUUAUUUAAUUAAAAAAAUCAUAUAUAUAUAUUUAUUGUAUUAAUACUGGUAAUGGCAGUGGCCUUAAAGAAAAAUAAUUCACGUAGACGACUUGCUGCGUUAACAUUUUUAUCAAAUAUAUCACUUGAUGGAAGUCACAGAGAUACAAAUUUUGCUCUAUUACCAUACAAUGGAGCAAUUUAUAAAAAUGUUUAUAAUGAUAUUCAGACGAAUAAUUGUGAUGAACAAAUUGAACGUACUUAUGAUUUUAAAAAAAUUGAAAAUGAAAUAAUUAUUGAACAUUUGCCAAAUGAUUUAACUAAAAUAAAACAUGAAGAUACAGUUGAUUUAAUAAAAAGACGAAUUGAUCAUCAUUCAUUUUCAUCUGAUUCAGAUGGUAUAUUAACACCUGGUAAAAAAUGUGGUUCUGUUAUAUUAAUUGAACAAGACAGAGUUAAUCCAUUGGGAUCAGGAAUUCCUGGUACAUUUAGAGCAAGAGCUGGUACAACUGGUAGUGAAUAUUCAUUACCAGAAAGAAGAUUUGGAUCAUUUCAUUAUAAAAAAAGAAUUGUUCAUCAAACAUCAACAGUAUCAGAGGAUAUUAAACAUCAUUAUAAUAGUAGUAAUGAAAGUAUUGGUUCAUUAAGAUCAAAAUCACAAUCAUCAAAAUCAAAAGGUAAAAAUUUAAACAGCAUACAAUCUGGAUGCUCAAAUUCUGUUAUAAUACCAGAAAUACCACGUGAGCUAAGAAUAAUGCAUAAACCAGUUAAUGGACAAAAAUUUGGUGAUGAUAGACUUGUACUUGUAUCAGCAAAAAGAGUACCAUUUAUCAUAUUUUCAGCAUUACCAUAUACCAAAAAUCAACGUACCAGUUGCUGUCAAAGUGCUUCUAGUACACCUGGAUUCAAAAACAACAUCGUAUCUAAUCGAAUUCUUCGCAGGUCAGAGUUACGUCGUGAAACUGGAAGAAAAAGAAACACAUCAUGUUCAAGACCAUUGUCAUCGAUAAAUGAUAAUUUUGAUCCAUUUGGUUUUUUGGGUAUUGAACGUGGUAAUGAUGGGCAAGAAAUAUCAUAUGGACAAUUAUUGGUGCCAUCACGACAAUUUCAACGUGAUAAUUUUAAAAAAGUACACAUUAGUGACAGUGAAAAUAUUGAAUUAUCAAAUGUCAUGACAAAUAAACAUCAUAUUGUUUCAAGGACAAAAACAAUAAUUUGGAACCAGGACCAUACUAAGUGGUGUUUAUCUUAUGAUAAUGCUGUUAGCCAUCGUAAUCAGUAUGCACUGCCUGAUUCACCACCACUUUCAUUAAUCAAUGAGACAAGACCACUGGAUUGGAAUGAACAAUGUCUACAGUAUGAUCCAAACUUACUUGAUGAUCCAGAAUUAAUUGCAGGAAAACAUAGAACAUUAUUGACAUUUACUUCAUACAUGGCAUCAGUUAUUGAUUACGUUAGACCAUCUGAUCUUAAAAAAGAACUCAAUGAUAGAUUUAAAGAAAAAUUUCCUCAAAUACAAUUGACCUUGAGUAAAUUACGAAGCUUAAAACGUGAAAUGAGAAAAAUUGCAAAAUUAGAUUAUGGAGUUGAUCUUUUGACUGUUGCAAUGGCAUAUGUUUAUUUUGAAAAAUUAAUAUUACGUAAUGUUGUAACAAAACAAACACGUAAAUUAUGUGCUGGUGCUUGUUUAUUGCUGGCAGCAAAACUUAAUGAUGUCAAGGGAGAAGUAUUAAAAUCACUCAUUGAGAGAACAGAAAAUAUAUUUCGUCUUAAUCGUAAAGAAUUAAUAUCAUCUGAAUUUGCAGUAUUAAUUGCACUUGAAUUUGGUUUGCAUUUACCAACGUGGGAAAUAUUUCCACAUUAUCAACGUUUAAUUUAUGAUUCUUGACCUUUUUUUGGUUAUUUAAAUUUACUACAGUUAUAUUAAUUAACAAUAUUAUCUUGAGUUAUUAAAUUUAAAUAUUUACGUAAAAUUAAUAUAUCUUUAGUAGAAAAAAAAAAUAAAAAAACAAAAAAAAUAAUUUAAAAAAUCAUUUUAAAAUAUUAAAAAUACAUGUGUUGAUUAUAAUCAUAGAAUAUUCAAUAUUACGUUUUGAUAAUGGUUAACGUUUUUAAAUUUUUAGACUCAGUUUUAUAUUAUUAAAAAAAAAAUAACAAAAUAAUAAUAAUAACAUUCUAAUUAGCUGUCAAAAGAGAUAAAGAAUUAAAAACUAAAAAAAAAAACUUAAUCUGUAGGAAACGUCAUGUACUUUAUCAAUGUCAGAUAAAAUGUUAUUUUUUUAUUUUAAUUGUUUUUUAUAACAAAUAACACAUGUGAUUCAUUUAAGUAUAAUUUUAAUUCUCUUUUUUUUUUUUUUUUUUAACAAUUAAUAUUGUAAAAGAUAAUUAUUGACAAACACCAGUAGAAAAAGAUGAACAUGAAAUAGACAUGAAUAUUUUGUACGUAAUGUGUUUUGAAAAAUAUUAAUUAAUUAGUUGAAAGUUUUUUAAGAAAAUAUGUAAAGCUAAAAAUCAAGAUUCAACUUUGUGAUUAAUAUAUGAAUGUAAACAUUUUUUUUCUUGCUUAAAAAGCAAUUUAUUACGACAAAAGAGAUAGAAAAAAAAAUGUGUAAUAUCCAUUGUAAAAUAAUACCGAAAAUAAUGAAAGAAGAAAUUAAUGUUUUUUUAUAAUUUGAUACGAUGACGUUUCUACUAAAGAAAAAUAGCGAAAAAUUUAAUACGGUGUAUCGAUGCUAGUCCCGUUAAUACCGUUUUUACAUUCAUAAUAAUAAUAUAUAUCUAUAUAGUCUAUGAAAAAAAAAUUUAAAUGUUAAAAAAAAUAAUA